CCGAUAUCACUACUAUCGCAAGUAGGGCGCGUCAUCGGAUAAUUUGGCCCCUGCUUUUUAAAAGCUCACAGUCCAAACAGAUACAACGACUAGCAUUGACCGGUUCUUGUGUCGACGAAUAGAACCACGACCACAACACAAAUCCAACGACAAUACUCAGGUUCAGCGUUCAAAACCACCUGGAUCUGGUUUCAUUCCAAUGCAAUCUAUGUCGCCCCUUUUGAUCAGUAAUGCGCGCUCCAGUCUGCCUGAAUUAUUGCUUUGGUAAAGAUAUCCAUCAUGGCCUUGAACCUCAGAGCUGCCCCUAGCCCCACCGUUCUCGGACCACUAACAACUACGUUUACCCCUCCAAGCGACUGUAACCGUGUCACCAUAGCUACUACUGUUUAUGGUAGUCCACCUACCAAUACUGCGUUCCUAGUUGGAAGGUACUAUCCGUACUUUCCUUCGGUUGCAAGUUGUCUUCCCAGUGGAUACAUGAAUUGGUUUGAUAGCACUAUCAGUGCUUUUAGAGGUUACUAUUCACCAGGAAUAUGUCCUAGCGGAUGGUUUGGCAUGCUCACCGGCGACAGCUCUUUGGAGACAACAAUGAUAUGCUGUCCUCCUGACUAUACUCCUACCUAUUUCACUACCCCUGGCUAUACCACUGGCGGUUUAAUUUGCAUUUGGAGCCCCCAAUCGUUUCCAUCGACCAUAGUAUUUUUCAGUACCAAUUACGCUUCGGGAACAGCGACUACUACGCCAGCGUUCACAACCUCAGUCACUAGUUUUCCACUCUUUGAACCCCCACUUGGUGGCACUAUCGAAGUUCGCUACAAAGCAGGCGAUUUUGAUGUCUCUCAGUCGACCCCAAGCUUGACUUCCCAAACCAUCAUUCAGUCAAGUGUGAGCCAGGUCCAAGGUACAGGCCCAAGCCUUGAUUCAAGCCCAACCAGCUCUCAGUCAAGUGUGAGCCAGGUAGCAAGCAAUAGCUCCAAUCCUGGUUCAAACCUAACCCCCACAACGACAGCGGUGUAUCCUGUGAGCAGUUUGACAUCUUCUGAGAGUGCCGGGCUUUCCCUGAGGACGAAGAUUGGCAUUGGGGUUGCGGUUCCUCUAAUUGCCAUUCUACUUGUUAUCAUCACUCUGUUCGCCUGGAUCCGUCGUAAACGUGCAAAACGCGACACCAUUGUCCCUUGCAUGGUGGCCUCAGAUCUACAAGAAGACGACUACGAGCACAAGUCUGAACUACCUGGGAUCCCUCCCGCCAUUCCCAUAAUUGGGAAGGUCUCUAGAAAGCCCGAACUGGACACGGCUACAACAUCUGUAGGAGCGGUGCCUGAGCUAUACAACGGUGAAAUUCGUCAAGCUCAUGAAAGACCUGCCCCAGCAGCGCAAUCUCCAUCCUUAGAAGCCACAUUACCACUAGUCGCAGAACUAGAAACAUCACCAAAUAUUUUUACAUCAGGGCCCAAUCUUCCAUCAUCAACUUCCUUAAAGAACCAACCUUCAUCACGCUCCCCAGCCAUUCCCAAUCCAGCGCAAUCGUCACCCGCCACCCCCCUCACAAAUCCAGGUCCUCUUCCAGUAGGGUCAUAUCUCUACCCCCUAAUCACUACAGCAGUAGAAGAAGACGAUCUUCAAUACCAGGAACGCAGAUUAAGGGAGAAGCGAGAACUACUCGCUGAAAAGGAGAGGCUUGCGCUUGAGGAAGAUAGAUUGAGGGACAUGAUGGCGCAGUUAAGGAACAAGACUUCGAGUGGCAAAGGGUAAGCUGAAAAGCUGUGAGUUAGACAUGACCCCCGCGCUAUGGUAUUUGUCACAGUAUGAUAUUUGGAGAGAUAUGCUAAACUUAGUUUGGCCCUAUGCGCUAACCCCUAGCUGUAGAUUAGUCCGCCAUACCCCUCAAACCUCUUCUCAAUGAAUGAAUGAU